AUGUGGGACUUUGACACGAACGUGUCGGUGCUGGCGGCCACCUUCUCGGUCGGCCUCGCGUCCUUCCUCAUAGGAUUCGCCUGCGCGUACCGAGCGACGCGUCGCAAGCAUGCGACACAGAAUGUCAACCAAGUGCCCGACAUAACGCUCAUCAAGUACUGCACCAAAGUGCUGCGGGUGCUGUGCCUCGGCGUCCUUGGCUGCCAGUUUGCACUCUUCUCCCACGCCACGUCGAUCCCGAGCACGACGCUCAACGUGCCGCUCUACGACAGCUUGUACCGUCCGCUGCUUGGCGCGCUCGGCGCCGCGUUUGGGUUCUCGACCAACUUUCACCCGAGCGUGCGCCACCUCUUUUUGGUGGCGAUGCUGUCGCUGGUCGUGUUCGAUACCAUCUCCGAAGUGCACUACCUCUCGAUUGCAGAGUGCGCGGCGAAAGGCCAGCUCUGCACGCCGAUUCCGAUCACGUCCGACGAGCUAUUGCGGCUCGUGCUCCGCGACCUUGCUGGCAUCGUCUUGGAGCUCUGGGCGGCGCUCCAACAAUCCAUACUCGAACGUCCGUGA